AAAAAAAAAAAUCCGAUUUCUCGUAAUUGUGAGAUCGAGUGUUGGAAGCAAUUCGGCAAAUUUUUACAAAGCGAAAAUUAAGCCUGUAAAAAUACUUCUGGGGGAGAAGCUGUCUCGUUGAUGCAACUCGAGGAUCGGUGAAAAUGCAACGGCAACAUGAUCAACGACACGACAUUACUACCGAUUGUUGUUAUCAACAAUGGUCGUCUCAUCACCAAAGUCAUCAUCAUCACGCUCAACCCAUAACGAACGUACCAUCCCCAAUGCAACAGAUGGAAGCAUGUUUACAAUCGGCGGGCAGAGUGAAACGAUCCCGCAGCCCAAAUUUGUCGAAGGUGUCGCCGCACAUCACGAGUUCAUCCAUUUCUUCGUCGAUCUCUUCGUCGACUGUCGUUCAAUCGCGCAACGACAGCAACAACAACAGUCACAAUCACAGCGACCAUCAUCCAAGCGAGAAUGGCGCGAAUUUGACGGAAGAGGUUAGCUCGAAGAGGCCUCUUCAUCCGGCUCUCGUCGGCGCCGGAGCUGCAUUGGAAGCGAAACCCCUUUGGGAAGAGUUUCAUCAAUUGGGAACGGAGAUGAUCGUCACCAAGGCUGGUAGAAGGAUGUUCCCCACUUUUCAGUGUCGAUUUUUCGGUUUGGACCCUACUACUGAUUAUCUGCUAGUUAUGGAUUUCGUACCUUGCGAUGACAAACGAUACAGAUACGCUUUUCACAGUAGCGCUUGGGUGGUCGCUGGUCGCGCGGAUCCAGUCUCACCCCCAAGGAUUCACGUACACCCUGACAGCCCUGCGAGCGGUGCUCACUGGAUGAAGCAACCAGUUUCCUUCGACAAGCUGAAACUCACUAACAAUCAGCUCGACGACAACGGGCACAUAAUCCUGAACUCGAUGCAUCGGUAUCAACCGCGGUGUCACGUUGUGGUGGCACCCUCGCCACCAGGUUCAGCGCCUGAUCCACGCACGGAGAAUUUCAAAACGUUCACGUUCCCGGAGACGCGGUUCACCGCGGUGACGGCUUACCAAAACCAUCGUAUCACCCAGCUGAAGAUCGCUAGCAAUCCAUUCGCCAAGGGUUUCCGCGACUGUGAGUCGGACGAGUGCGACUCUGUCGCGGUCACGAGCAUGCAGAAUCCUGCGAAAAGGCCUGCAACAGGGAGCACCAGCGUUUUGACGUCGAACUACGUGAACACGAUACCCACCGUGCAGAUUCCAAGCAUAACCAGCCAGGAGCAUCAUCAGUUUUAUGGCACCACCGCGGCUGGACCAUGGACUUAUCCUGGACACCAUGGGCAACCAACAGCGCACAUGAACUCCGUCCACUAUCCUGCGCAUCCUCAUCAUCCUCACACUGGACCGUCGCUGUACGGACCACGACGUAUAAUGGCGCCACAUGACAUAGUUAAACGAUAUAUUACCAUUCGUAGGUUAGAUGCAAUUGUUGUCAAAAGAGUAAUCUUUGAUCAAAAUUCUAUGUGUACAGAUUCAGAAAUGGAUUCUCCAGGAUCCCAAGCCCUGGAAGUAGCUAAAAAUAUAAAAGAUUUGGCAAUAUUUAAAAAACCAUUAGGCGUAGUGAAAAAACAUAAAAAAUUACAACCAAAAAUUCUAGACGAAGAUACGUAUAUAAAGAGAAUGGGAGAAAUUAUUCAAAGAGACUUUUUUCCUCAUUUGGACAAACUUCAGGCACAAAAUCAGUAUUUAGACGCAUUGGAACAAAAUGACGUAAAAAGAAUGAGAGAGCUUUAUGAAAAAUAUAGUUCAGGACGACCAACAACCGAAAGACCUGCUAGUCCAGCCACGUUUGAAACACCUAUGAACAAAACUGAAUCAGAGGAUGAACAACUCAAAUCUACAAAAGUAUCAAAAGAUAUAUCUUUUAAUACAGGCGCAAAAGACAAAGACAAAACUGAACCUACAACUGGAUUAGAUGUAUAUUUAAGUACGCACACAAGUGAAGAUAAUGCAAGUUUUGAGGAAAUGAUGGUUGAAGCAGAGAAAAGAUUAAAAUUGAAAUUUGCAUGGCUUUAUGAAGCUGAAGAGAAUUCAAAGGCAUUAAUCAAUGACAAACUCUCAGAUACCUUAGCCAUUGAUAACAGCAAUGAAAAGCCUAAACAAUUAGACAGUUGGAAUUACAAAAAUAAAAAUUAUAUUAUGUAUGUUCCUGACGGAGUUGAAUUAACUCCUGAUGAAAGAAUAGAUUUAGCAAAGAAGAAGCAAAUGAUAAUACACGAGAAUACAAGGCUUCGAACCAACCCUUUCAAUGAGCAGCAAAAUAAAGAAACUAUCAACGAACUAGCAAAAAGUCAGUCGAAAACUAAUGACGGAAAAAUUGGAGUUGAUGGUAAAGAAAUUGUGAGAAAUCCAACACCUAGAGUAAACGGAUUUAGUUUUGUGGCAACUCCCAGUCCAAGACCAGGAGAAUGUGAAAGUCCUUUAAUGACGUGGGGUCAGAUAGAAGGUACACCAUUUAGAUUAGAUGGAGGAGAUACACCUUUAUUAAGAACUAGUCAGGGACCAUCAUUUAGAAUGGCAGAACCACCGAAAAGAGAGCAGCUUGCAUUGCAACUAGCAGAGAAAGCUGGUGAAAGACAUAGAGAUAGAAAAAACAAAGCUUUAGAAGCAGCAAGAAAAUCAUUAGCAACCCCAUCGCCAAGAUCAACCAUAGAUCGUUUGAGUACUAUGUCUCCAGCAGCUAGAAGAUUGGCUACUCAAAAACUUAGAAUUGCAAGCACACCAACUCCACGAAGGAUAUCAUCUUCAAGAACACCAUUGAUAGGUAUCAGAACACCCAGCACACCACGAAUAAAUACAACUUCAAAAUCUGAGAAUCACCUUGAAUUGAAAAACAAUAAUACACGAUGUCAAGGUCCUGUUCUUACUGAUAAUUUACUUAAUUUACCCCUUCAAAGGCAAAGAGCAGCUGAUUUUUUUAAUAAGUGAGAUAAAUGAUGUACCGUAUUUUGUAUUGUAUAUAGAUGUAAAUACAUUAUUAUACGAUUAAUUAGCAAAUGUUACUUUAUAAGCACUUAUUAUAUAAAUUAUAAAAUUCAUAUUUUAUAAUAAUAAAAUAUUUACUAAAAAAUAAUAUAUCGUUGAUUCCAAGUGAAACUGAAAUCAUGAAAAUUUUCCUUCGCGGCGUAGUAGUAAUAACAUGAAAAUAAUACGGAAGUAUCGAUUCGUCAAAUUAUCACGUCCAAUGUUUUUCAUCCGUUAAACAUAUCAUAAUGUAAUACAGACGUAUAUUCAUUUAUAUUUAUCAAAAAUUUAAUAAGUAUGAAUACUAUGCACAAAAGGAAUUAACUGCUUGAGCAAAAAUACAGGAAGUUUCAAGAUAUCUUUAAAGAUAACAGGAAAUACAAUAUGCUACAAAAUUACGUAAGCUAGCAUUGAAUUCAGAUUUUUUUUGUAUAUAUAAAGUCGUCAGAAUUAAGGAUGAAACACAGAACGAGAAUCAUUAA